AUGCCCCCGGCGCUGCUCCUGCGGCUGCUGCUGGCGGUCUCCGCAGCGGCGGCCAGCGAGCCCGGGACGGCGCUGGCCCCUGCCACGGGCGACGCCACCCUGGCCAUCGUCUUCGAUGUCACCGGCUCCAUGUGGGACGACCUGGUGCAGGUGAUGGACGGCGCCUCGCGCAUCCUGGAGCGCAGCCUGAGCCACCGCAGCCGGGCCAUCGCCAACUAUGCGCUGGUGCCCUUCCACGACCCAGAUGUUGGCCCUGUGACCCUCACGGAGGACCCAGCGGUGUUCCAGAGGGAGUUGAGAGAACUCUACGUGCAGGGAGGCGGUGACUGCCCCGAGAUGAGCGUGGGGGCCAUCAAGGCCGCCGUGGAGGUCUCCUACCCCGGCUCCUUCAUCUUCGUCUUCUCAGACGCCCGGGCCAAGGACUAUCACAAAAAGGAUGAGCUUCUGCGGCUCCUGCAGCUGAAACAGUCGCAGGUGGUCUUCGUGCUGACCGGGGACUGCGGUGACCGCACGCAUCCUGGCUACCUGGCCUACGAGGAGAUCGCUGCCACCAGCUCUGGGCAGGUGUUCCACCUGGACAAGCAGCAGGUGACCGAGGUGCUGAAGUGGGUGGAGUCAGCCAUCCAGGCGUCCAAGGUGCACCUGCUGUCCACGGACCACGAGGAACAGGGCGAGCACACGUGGAGGAUCCCCUUCGACCCCAGCCUGAAGGAGGUCACCAUCUCCCUGAGCGGCCCGGGCCCCGAGAUCGAAGUCCGAGACCCGCUGGGGAGGAUCCUGCAGAAGGAUGAGGGCCUCAACGUGCUUCUCAACAUCCCUGACUCGGCCAAGGUGGUGGCCUUUAAGCCGGAGCAUCCUGGGCUCUGGUCCAUCAAGGUCUACAGCAGCGGCCGCCAUUCGGUGAGGAUCACGGGCAUCAGCAACAUCAACUUCCGCGCCGGCUUCUCCACUCAGCCCUCUCUGGACCUCAACCACACCAUCGAGUGGCCCCUGCAAGGGGUGCCCAUCUCCCUGGUGAUCAACUCCACGGGCCUGCAGGCCCCUGGCCGCGUGGACUCGGUGGAGCUCUCACGCAGUUCAGGGCAGCCCCUCCUGACUCUGCCCACGCAGCUGCUCUCCAACGGAUCCGCCCAUCAGCUGUGGGGUGGGCCGCCAUUCCAUGCCCCCGAGGAGCGCUUCUACCUCAAGGUGAAGGGCGAGGACCAUGAGGGGAACCCCCUCCUUCGUGUCUCUGGAGUUGCCUAUCGUGGGGUGGCCCCAGGCGGGCCCCUGGUCAGCAUGCCCCCCAGGAUCCACGGCUACCUGCACCAGCCCCUGCUGGUCUCCUGCUCGGUGCACAGUGCCCUCCCCUUCCGGCUGCAGCUGCGGCGGCAUGGAGCCAGGCUGGGCGAGGAGCGGCACUUGCAGGAGUCGGGGAACAGCAGCUGGGAGAUCCCGCGGGCCUCCAAGGCCGAGGAAGGCACAUACGAGUGCACAGCGGUCAGCGGGGCUGGGACCGGACGGGCGCAGGCCGAGGUCAUCGUCACAGACCCUCCGCCACAGCUGGUCCCGGCGCCCAACGUGACCGUGUCCCCAGGGGAGACGGCCGUCCUGUCCUGCCGGGUCCUGGGCGAGGCCCCCCACAACCUGACGUGGGUGCGGGACUGGCGGGUCCUGCCGGCCUCCACGGGCAGAGUCAGGCAGCUGGACGACCUGUCCCUGGAGGUCAGCACCGUCAUCCCCAGCGACGGCGGGCGGUACCAGUGCAUAGCCAGCAAUGCCAACGGGGUCACGAGGGCAUCCGCCUGGCUCCUGGUGCGAGAGAAAGGAGUCUGA